AUGUCGACAGAGCUUACUACUAUUCCCGAGCAACUCAACCCCAACCAAUCAAUCCUUGAUAGCGAGAUCCAGCAGAUCACAGCUGAAGAAUUCCAUCGUAAUAUCACCACAGCAGAAACAACCAUACUUGGCUUGAUCAAACUGAAGCUCCCAAAGAGCCUGAAGAGAAAGAUUGAUGAAUGUGCUCAUGACAUCAAGAGCUCAAAAAUAACUUUUCAGCAGACUGGAGAAAUACCUGACGAUGAGGGCAUCCAGAUCAAUCAUGCCCAGGCACCUCGUCCUUCCUUGCAUACUACAGCCUCAGCAUCAACAUCCACAAGAAGACCAGUCAAGCGAAAGAAGGAUUCCCCCUCUGUCAAUCCAGCCUCCCUCUUGACCAACAGACCCAUCUCUGCCAGUUCUGCCAGCCCGAGUGCUCCAGCAAAUGUUGAUAGUUCCAAUGCUCCAGCAAUCCCUACCACUUCCUCACUAUCCACCCCUGUAUCGGCAAUCACACCAACUACUCCUGCAGUCGCCCCUGCCGAGACAACCUUUGACGAAAUCUCACAGACAAUCUCUCCUGGUGAAGUGUUCAAACCGGUAGACUCUCCAAGCACCCAGUUGCCUCAAGGUGUUCAAAUCACUCAAGACAUCAGCCCUGCUGAUGAAAAUCACGGUCAACCUCCAGAAGAAGAUCAUCAGUCCUCAGAAAAUCAGCCCGAAGGCUCAUCUGCCAACCCCCAAGUUCCGAACAACCAAAACAACGGAACCACAACUACCUCUUCUGUGCCUCCCCCACCCCCAAAUGAUUCAACCAGUCAACCCCGAGCAUCAACAGACCCACUCACAAAUCUCACGAUCCUCAAGUCAAGCGAUGCAAGAAUUUCAGUCAUCAAGAUCUAUCAGCAUGUUGAUGGUGUGAAGCCCAACUGGGAGAGGUACCAAACUACGUGGACUUCCCUCUCAAACCUGGCCCAAUUCCGAGCCCAAUCUCUCCAGAACCCAGGACCACACAAUCUCGAUUUUCACUUUGAAAGGACAACCUGUUCAUAUACUUCUUGGAUCAAAACUAUUAGCUCCCUUGCCGACAACUUCUUAGCUCCAUCGCCAAAUGACCAAUGGAACUGCCCUGAUGUCAUCGAUUUCCCCCUGAUUGUGUUGUAUUCCCAAUUGGAAAAGUCUGGAUCCUCCCAUCAAUUCAUCUCUCCAACCACCAAAACUAAACAUCCCGAGUCCACCAUCAUCCGCUUCCUCCACCGACUUCAAAGUCCACCCCCUGCGGUCAUCUCUGAAUGGGCAAAAAUUUUCGCAGCUUCUGUUGAGGUCAUGGCGUUCAAGCUCUACAGCCCACCUCCUCCAACCCCAGAUACUGAUGACGACCCAAUCAACCAAGGGCUUCAAGUUCUUCAAUGGCUUGAGGGACUGAAGAACUCACUCUCAACUUUUGAAACACCUGGAGAGACCCAACCGACCUCCGCUGCCCCUGAAGGGGAAGUUGUCCUGCGAUCUCAUGCUAUUGAUGUUUUGAAAGACUUCUCAAAGGUCAUAAUCGAUGUUUUCAUGGGCUACAUAAUAUUCCAGGUUCACGCUCUCAGCCCGCCUCCCUUGACAAACAGCCAAAUCAAGAAGCAAGCCCGAGCCCAGCAACCUUCAGCUCCCCAGGAAAAUUCUGCCUCUGCUAUUACUCAAAAAAAAACCGGAGGAGCCGUUGCGACAACCUCUACCUCCAGCAAGCAACUGAAGCCAUGGAAGUGA